GUACAGCUUGUUAAGCUGUAAAAAAAUAAUAAGGCAAACCAUAGUCUGCUUUUUUAUCUGAACAAGUCAAAUAUAGUUUAUGCUUGCUCUGAAAAAUGAGACCAAAAUAAUUAAACAGCAAACUGUGAUUUGCUCAAGGGAGUAAAGGGAGCUGGAACCUCUAUGUAUAAUGUGAGGAAAUAGGGAGGAUAGGGAUGGUGGUGAUUUUUAAGCUGUCUUCAGUGUUUGAGAUUUGAGAGUUCAAGACUCGGUCCAGGCAGAAUUUGGCUUUGAGGCUGUGAUCCCCACUACAGGGACCUUGUAUGCCACUGUGGACAAACCGUGAGAUUUCUUUUCCCAUUCAUCUGAUUUGAAGCAGGAGAGGUCAGCCAAACCAAAAUAGCUAGACAUAAUGGGAGUUCACCUGCUGCCAAUGGUUCCUUAGACAGAAGCUCCCUGAAGGUGCAUAAAAAGAACCAAGGAGAAGACUGGAGAGCAAAUGGAGGACACAGGAGAUGUUUUUCAGUUCCCACAAUGAUCAUGUGCUAGAAGAAAGAAUCCCUGGUCACAUAAUGGAGCGAGGUGCCCUGCGAUCCUCGGAGCCCCUCACUCACCUCGGCCAGCUAGAAGGCACGGAGGGGCAGCCACCGAACGCACCGACGGAUGGGCAGGCGACUCCCGGCUGGAGCUGGUAUAGAUCCAAUCCAGAGCAAGCUGACCCCCUCCGAGACAGAGUGCGCAGACAUCUCCAAUUUCCAUCCAAUCAUACAGUGCUGAUCCUGCAUGCAAAGGUGGCUCAGAAAUCGUAUGGCAAUGAAAAAAGGUUUUUCUGCCCACCACCUUGCGUGUACCUCACUGGACCAGGCUGGAAACAAAAGAAAGAAGAGAUCAAAGCCAAAAAUCUAACAGAGACCAGUUCCAAGGUUUGUGGGUAUAUAGGACUUGACAGCCUGGCUAGCAGUCAGGUAGAGACCCAGAAGUUAAUCUUUGAGGAGCAGCCAGAUUCCAAGGAAUUCAGCUGUGCCAAAGCCCUAUACAUUUCAGAUUCUGACAAGAGGAAACACUUCCGGCUGGUCCUGAAACUUUUCUUCAGCAAUGGGCAGGAGAUUGGCACUUUCCACAGCAAGCUUAUUAAAGUCAUCUCUAAACCUUCACAGAAGAAGCAGUCCUUGAAGAACACAGACUUGUGCAUUUCAUCUGGAUCAAAGGUCUCCCUUUUCAACCGUCUGCGCUCCCAAACGGUCAGCACCCGUUACCUUUCUGUUCAGGAUGAGAUCUUCACUGCAAGUGCCCAGCAGUGGGCAGCAUUUACACUUCACCUAGAUGACUUCUGUUCACAGUCUCGGGGCGAAUUCCCCCGGCAGGAAGGCUACAUUCGCUAUGGUUCCAAAGUCCGGCUUAUCUGCACAGCCACUGGCAUGGCACUGCCUCCUCUGAUCAUUCGGAAAGUUGCGAAACAGUCUGUGAUGUUGGAUGUAGAUGAACCCAUCUCCCAGCUGCAUAAAUGUGCUUUCCAGCUGCAUGGCAGUGACGGCAUGUACCUCUGUCUCUCCGCAGAGAAAGUGAUCCAGUUCCAGGCAUCUCCAUGUCCAAAGGAAGCAAAUCGGGAAUUGUUGAAUGAUAGCUCCUGCUGGACCAUCAUUGGGACAGAGACUGUGGAAUAUACAUUCAGUGACAACCUCAGUGCCAUUUGUGAUCCUGUGAGCCCAGUCCCUCUCAUAACAGCUCUAGAGCUGACAGGUGGUGGGGAUGUAGCAAUGCUAGAAGUGCAGGGCGAGUUCUUCCAUGCAAACUUGAAGGUUUGGUUUGGAGAUGUGGAAGCUGAGACGAUGUUCAGAAGUCCCAAAUCCUUGGUAUGUGUUGUUCCUGAUGUCUCUGCUUUUAGCUGUGACUGGAGAUGGUUCAGAUACCCUAUUACUGUCCCUCUCUUGCUGCUAAGGAAUGAUGGUCUGAUUUAUUCCAGCACUUUCAGCUUCACCUACACACCAGAACAGAAUUUCCUCUCAGGACCUCCAACCCUACCAGAGAUAACACAGGAUUCAGAUACUUUGCUCAACACAAUCCAUCAGGAGUUCACCAGAAGCAACUUCCAUCUUUUCAUGCAAAGUUAGAGCCAGGGUUUUCUAGAUGUCACAAUUUGAGAGGACAGGGUGAAAAAAAUCCAGCUUCCUAAGAAUCUUGGCUUUAAUUUGAAAAUAGCACAUUUCUACUUCUCAUGCCUAUGAAGAUAUUCUUAAAAGCAUGUAGUGGAUUGAAGCAGCUACAUGUUUUCCAUGCCACAAAGAAAAUUGAAAAAGUAUUUUUGGGAAGAGCAAUGGGAUUCAACAUCUUUGUCUUGUUGUGACUGCCAAAACCAUAAUAAAACAUUCAAAGGAACAACAACAAUAAAACAAUAUAAACUAUGUAGAAUAUGAAGAGUAAUGGCAAUUGUUCAAUUUACAUAUUUUAGGAUGCAGAAAUUUGUUUUUUCUAAAGCUAAGUAGCUUGGGACCGGAUUUUUUAUUAUUAUUAUUUGGACAGUGUGUUGUACACACAACACUUUAGGUAAUCAAAGCAUUUGAGUUGUUUACUGCAGUACCAGUGUCAGUUUUUUUUCAGUCCCUGGUGGGCUGAGGUCCCAUUCCCAUGUGACACAGGCCUGAUCUCCAUUUUGUACCAUAUGCAUGGUAUAUCAUAGACAGAGUUGC